GACAACCGCUGUGCGCAUGUGCAGUUAGUUGUGUGUCUGAUGAAAGAAAAGGAAAAAGUCAACGUUUCGCGUGUUUGAAAAGAAUAAAAUAUGGAUUCACAAAAAGACCUGCAACCGCCAAAGCAGCAGCCUAUGAUCUACAUAUGUGGAGAAUGCCACACUGAAAAUGAAAUCAAGGCCCGUGAUCCGAUCCGAUGCAGAGAGUGCGGCUACAGGAUCAUGUAUAAAAAGAGAACAAAAAGAUUGGUUGUUUUUGAUGCCCGGUGAAGAAGAGAGGAGCAGUCUUUUUUUUUUUUUUUUUUUUUUUAGUGUUUGACCAUGUAAAUAAAAAGAGACAUUUUGGAAUAUGCUCUGGCCUCCAGGCUUUGCUCCACAUUUUUAAAUGAUCUGUUUUCUGUCAACACUGUCCUACUUCUGAGUGAUUGAUGAUGGUUUACUAAAACAUUUUCACAUACCUUGACUGUAAUGCCUUUGCUUUACUUGUAUGAACCUGUGGCUGAGUAGAAGAAGACAGUUCUGAGUUAAGAUACUUAAUUACAGAAAACAAAUUUCUCAAUACCCUAACCCAGUCCUCUUUUUUUUUUUUUCCUUUUUUUUAAUUGCCACAAUGAAUAUUUAGUUUGUAGCUCCUGAAUGCUGCGUUAUAGAAGACAAAUAGCUCGGUGUGAUGUCACUGGUAUAGUCCAGUCAUCGUUAACCUUUUUGACUUUUUUGUCUUUUUGUUUGUGAGCACUGUUACUAGUUGCAUUUAUUUUUCAGACUUUAUUCUGUUUGAAUAGCCAAAGAACAAUUUAAAAACCAUUAAAAUUAUAGCUUGGAGCCCCAAAGUAAUCUUUUUACAGCAAACAACCUCUGGGGGACAUGGACAGUGUAUUGAGAUCAUUUACAUCACUAAAAGUACUAAUAUUACAAUGUGCAAAUAUUCCACUACAGAUUAAAGUCCUGCAUUCAUAACCUUACUUAUGCAUUUAAGUAUUACCACAAAACAUGCUCAAUGUAUAAAAAGUCAGUAUCUCAAAUCCACCUAAUAUCACUCAAUUUUAGGAAAAAAUUCUUCACUGCUCUGUGAUGUGCUUUGUAAUUUCAGAAAAUAAUGUUCUUAGUCCUAGUAAACACCAUGCAAUAUUUCAGGCUCAUCUUCAUUAGUUACAGAAAUGUUGAGGCUGUGAAAGUGGAGCAAAUGGGGAUCCUGAUUUCACU